UCUUCAGAAAAGCCGCAAGACGUCCGAGUGAUUAAAGCAAGGAAUAAUAACUGGAAAUUGCACGCUCACAUGUCAACUACUGAGCCAUUAUCACAUCUAUCAUACAGUACUAAAUGAAAAUUUACUUUAAAGAAAAUGAAAUCAAGUGAUCUCACUACACGUUACUUGUUUCCUGCUGGAGUAUAUACGCUUCCUUUUCAGAUGGUGAAUAAAGCCAUGCUCCAGUGAUUUUUAAUCUACAGUCAUGUCAUCUGCAAAGAGAAGUCCGUCAAUGAUCAUUCCAUACCUUCUGUGUUGUCUAUAUGUGAUAUCAGAUGCGGUGAUGCCAAAAUGCAAAGACGAUUUUGAUAAAUGUCAAUGCCACUCAUCUUACACGAAUGAUGAAAUAGACGGAGAGAAAGAUCCUAAAAAUUGUUUGAAAUUGCAUUCUAAAACGUUUACGUGGUUUGAUGCCGAAGCGGCUUGCAAGGCAGAAUUUUCUUAUUUAUUGUACAAUUACACCAAUAGCAGUUUAAUCGAAGAUUUCAGAAGAAAAGGUGUAGAUCUAAUUUGGAUCGGAAUCCGAAGAAUAUCUGGAUUUUAUGUGAGCAUAGCGGAAGAGAAACCGUAUAAGGAAUCCAUUAAACAGUGGGGCAAAAAAUGGGGAGAGGAUGAACCGUUUCAUGACUGUGUUGCCUUGCAUCUCUCUGCUGGCUAUCUUGUCACUCGACCUUGCGCCACAGAGCUGGAAUUUGUGUGCCAGAACAACGGAUUUCCGGUCUAUCCUGUUGUAGAAACUUUGGCAUGCCCUGAGGAUUGGUUCAUGUUUUAUCAACUUCCCAUGGCCAGUAAAAAAUGCAUUAAACCCUUCAAACGCAGUAAAGCCAUCGAUAAUUCACUAGAAACAUGCUCCAAGUAUGAAAGCAAUGUAGCUGAAGAUGAAGUCUAUUAUGCUCUGUACAGUAAUAUGAGCGCACUUGGUAUAGCAGAUUUUGAAAUAGAUGAAAAUAACGCCGAAUGUGUGACAAAGCUGAUCGGAGCAGUCCUCGGCGGAUCCGUGAUCAGUAACCUAACCUGUUCCGAUGCUCUCUUUAUUUGCGAAAAGGAUACUGGCAAUGUUUCUGCAACCGUCCGGAUACUACCAGAAUAUUCAGAUUCUCUCUCGAGUGUGAACACCAGUCAAGGCCUCCUAACCUGUGACGUAUCCAUUCACGGCUGGAACAUCAGUGGGAAGGAGAACCAGCUUCGCUUCAUUUGGUUUCAGAAUGGAAUUCCCGUUCCAGUUGAUAGUCAUCUCCAUCAACUCAGUUUCUAUGCUGACCCUACUAAAGUGCUGUCUACUCCCGUCAUACGCCAGGGCACAUACCGAUGCGGAGUAAUGAUUGAAGGACUGCAAGAUACAUAUGUAUCAAAAGAUUUGAAUUAUUUUUUCUCAGAUGUGUCAACCUACAUCCUUACAUUGGAAGGAGCUGCAAGUGACUUGGGGUAUUUUGAUUUCUCUAGAAUUGGGUUUCGAAAAUUUAGAAAUAAAUUGAAUGAAACUAUGACAACCUUCACUGCAGGACUUCCAGAAUUCUUUCCUGCUUUUGAAUGGGAUUACCAAAAGGCAUGGUCGAACGGGAAUAACGCUACUGUCCAGUUGCUUUUGUAUAACAAGAGAAACGACAGCCAGUAUUCUACAUCCCGAACUGAAAAAGAACUUUAUCAGGCCCUACGGAAGCAUUUUCUGCAAAGGCAGCCAAUAUCCGGAAAAUCAGCAAGCUUUCGACUUCUUUUACAGAGCGCAGAUGUUUGCUUCGAAGAAGUUGUUCCUUCUUCUAAAACGUCACACAACGGUAUCCUCCUUUGGAAAGACACUGUACAAACAAAGUCAGCCGUAUCUGAACCCAUGUGCUUGAACGAUUGGAAAUUGGUUACUAGAGAAUGCAGGCCGAGUGUUACCGACGGCGCGAGGUGGAUAUCUUUUAAUUACGCAAGAUGUACAAAAUAUCAGCCAGCCGUUAAAGAUUUAGAAAUCACAUGUCCUAAUGGUUUUAAGGAAUUGGAUCGAAAUCUCUGCUAUCGUGUAUUCAAAGAAAAUCAUACUUUGAAAGAAGCAAAAGAAAUAUGUCAGAAUCGAUCAAGCUAUUUGAUGGACUUGAAAUCUCUAAACAACAGACGAAUCAUAUCUGAAUUAGAAAUUUCAUCUACGUACUGGUUUUCAGAAAAAACUGGCUCUGGAAGGAUCGAAGAGAAGAGUUAUAACCUUCUAGAUGAUAAAAAUUCAAAUUUUAACUGCUUCAUGACUAAGCGAAUUAAAGAAACUCCUACUUACAGUUUUGUUGAUUGUAAUUACAAUGAAAAACAUUCUUUUGUAUGUAUUCAUCAACCAUUAAUUUUGCUUGAAACUCAGAUUUUCUCGAAAUCUUGGAAGAAAUUUGCUCACCAAAAUUCGUGUUAUUAUAUUGAGAAUAGUGAACGAACAUGGGAAGAUGCCAGUAAAUCUUGCCAAGCUUUUCCUGUGAAAUCCCGUCUUUUGAAAAGCAUCCAGUAUCUGGAAGAAUAUCUUUUUUUUAAAGUUUUAUUACAGAUGCUUACACCAUUUUUGCAAGGAUCUUCUUGGUGGAUCAAUCUGUUUCAAGACAAGGAUUCACUGAAAUGGUUAAAUUCCCCCGAGGAGACUGUCACUUUUGUAGACUGGGAGGCGCACACCGAUUUCAUGAUGAGUCAGUCUGGAGGCGUGCUUACCUUUGGAUCCCCGAGUGAAAAUAGCAUUCGUUGGUCUUUAAGAGAUCUUUCAACGGAGGAGGGCUUCAUUUGUGAAAUGCAAGACUGUUCAGACACUCGUCCAACGUUCGUGUACAUCGAAGACAGGACUACAAAACCUACAGGAGAAGACGUCGGUAUUAUUUCAAAAUUAAGUUUGCAUUGUGUUCCCAGUGGUUGGUUCGUGUCUGGCAGUAUCUCUUGGUUUAAAGAUGGCGUUCUUAUUGAAGAUCCGCCCUACGAAAUUAAUAUGAAUCGCCUCACUUUGUCUCUUAAGCCAACUAGAAAUCUUAUGGAUAUCUUGAGAUUUCAAGGAUAUUAUUGGUGUUCAGUUGACCAAGUAUAUUCCUACAAGCAAAUUUUCUCCCCUAAAGUUUUGUUUAGUUUUCCAGGCUUACACACAUUUGUUUUGCAUAUGAAAUCUGAAGUUUCAGAGAUCAGUAACUGCUCUCAUUCUAUAUCACUUAAACUCCCUUAUAUUGAUUUACUGAAUAAGCAUUUGUUGGAAAUCUUACCAAAUGGAUCCGUAGCUGUUUUAAGGGAUGCUUCAUGCACUAGUUCUGAACUGCAUUAUUACGAUCACAUCUACUUUUCGGAAGAGUUGGGAGGUGCGAAUGAAAUAAGAAAAAUUAUUGAAAAUAGUUUCACAUAUGGAAAUGAUGUCCUGUUAGAAUUGCUGGAACAACUUCAAGUGAAUAAGGAAGACAUAUCCAUAAGGAGUACAACUAAAUGUUUAAGAGAAAAAUCUUAUCACAACAAAUGCAUCCUCAACUGGCCUGAGACUCCUAUAGGACAAAGUGCCUUACCAGAAGAAAUUUGCGUCACAGCCGACGGUGAUGCUUUAGAACGGAAAUGUUUAGGAGAUUUUGAUGUUGGGGCAUUUUGGAGUCCAGUGGAAAAAGACUGUAGUGUUGUUGUUCAUUCUGAUCUAACCUUGAAUCUUCAAAAGUUAGCUCGAACAAACAUAACUUCGGACAACAUUUUGAAUUCAUCUCUUGAUAUGGAAAUCCUUACGGCAACCUCGAAGGAUCUAAAGUCAAUGGAUGUUCAGUAUGUGGCACAAAUUCUAAGAAACAUGGAGAACAUUCCUGAUAUUAAACCUCAAGUUCUUAGAUCUGUCGUGAAUACCAUAGACAAUGUCAUAAGUGCAAAGAUUUCAGCAUCAGAUAGAAGAAUUACUUUAUCAAAUACUUCCAGUAGGAUAUCUUCUGCCAUGGAAAACAUAGCAACGAACUUACAAACCGAUGGUCAAGUUGUCAAAGAAGCUGGGAAUAACAUUGCUGUUUGCGUUAUGCCGUUCUCUUCCAAUAUAACUCUCAUUCCUACAGGAGGUGUCUUGGAAAACUGGGGUUCCAAUGUUACCACUUUAUUCAAUGACAGCGAUCGAGAUCCAUACUCCCAUUUCGAAACUUUCGAAGCUGCAGUGCUUUUACCAGAUAAUCUGUUAGCACAAAAGCAAAGUAGCAAUUUGUCUAACAUUCCUAUCAUCAUUCGUAGAAAUAUCAACUUUUUGAAGGACAUAGAAGUCAUCAGUCCAGUAAUUGAUGUUUCGGUUGGACAUGAACCUGUUUAUGAUGUUGAUCCUCCAUUAGAACUGUUUUUUAAGGUUCCAAAGAUCUCUCAAAAGCAAAAAACCGAAUUUUUUCAAUGCGUAUUUUGGGACCAACGUUUGAAUGACAAUUAUGGCGGCUGGUCUUAUAAAGGUUGCUAUUCCAGCUACGUCGACUCUACACAUAUGCGCUGUUUCUGCAACCACCUUACAAGCUUCGCUGUCAUCUUGGAACUGAAACCUGGAACUGAAAUACUGAAAGUUCAUCAGACAUCACUGAGUAUCAUAACAUAUAUUGGUUGUUCGCUGUCAAUAUUUGGCUUGGGAGUCAUCAUUGUCACAUUCAUCUCAUUUAGAAAAUGGAGGAAAGAUGUGAAGCACAAAGUGUUAUUUAACCUGUCACUCGCCUUGAUAUCAUUUCUCCUCAUUUUCUUGAUCGGCAUCGAGAAAACAGAAUCGAGAUACGGAUGCAUGACCGUCGCUGUCCUUCUGCACUUCUUCAUGCUCGCCUCUUUCACCUGGAUGCUCGUGGAAGCUUUCAUGCAGUACCUUAGUCUGGUGAAAGUGAUCGGAACGUACAUUCCUCGCUUGAUUCAGAAAGCGAUGAUAUUUGCUUGGGGAGUACCUCUCACAAUUGUUGGAAUAGUUUUAAGUAUAAAUUACGAUUUGUAUAAUAGCAGGCAUAAAUAUUGCUGGUUAUCGGACAAUAUAUUCUACUUAGCAGUGGCUGCUCCCAUAUUAUCAAUGCUGGCUUUGAAUUUUGUCAUUUUUGCUUUGAUUCUCUACUCUAACACUUGUGGAAGAUCAACAAAGUACUUGAGAACAAAUCAGAAUGAAAGACAAGAGACGAUAGCCAGAGCGAAAGCUGUAUUUUGCGUUUCAAUAUUACUAGGUUUGACAUGGAUAUUUGGAUUUCUAGCUGUUGAGGGAGCUAAAUUGAUAUUCCAGUAUUUAUUUGCUAUUACGACUACAUUGCAAGGAUUUUUCAUUUUUAUCUUUUUUGUGUUCCGCCAAAAGAGCACAAGAGACCUUUGGUUGAAUUUAGUGAGAACGGCUCCUAGUCCUGAAAUUUCUCAUAUAACCGGUGGCACGGAGGUGACCAGCAGGGGACUUAAUCACAGAUCGGUUCAAAGCAGGCUAAGUCGAGUGACCUACAAGGCCAAGCUGUCCUACAUUUCCUUCAAUGGAUGAAUACGCUUCCAACUCCAAGGGUUCAAAAAAUGUGAAAUGGUAUUUGAAAAUGAAAACAUGAAUAACAUUUCAUCUUCUAUAACUUUAAAUACACUUUCGAAAAGGAGUGAGAUUUGAUUUGGUAAUAUAGAACAGAAGGCGUCAGUAAAUGUCAUAUCCAUACCAAAAAAAAAAAUGUCAUAUCCAUACCAAAAAAAAGUAAAUUAAUUUUUAUGUUCGCUUUUUAUCAAAGUGUCAAGCAAGUAUCAUGACAAAGAUAUACAAUAUAGGAUUAAAUAUAAAUUUUAAAGUGACUGCGGUAGUCAGCUAUUUCCAAAAAUCUAUUUUCCGCAUGUUCAUGUUUUGAGAACAAUAGAAUGUAUCAAUACAUCCAAGUUAUUUUAUAUAUUAUUAUUGAGUUUCAUUAACAAAAGAAAAUGUAAUUAGAUAGUGACAUCGUCAUUACUAGUGACGAGGAUCUAGUAUUUUGAUGAAUCAGUAUUUUGACUCUGGAGGUUAAAAUAUUUAAUAAGAAUGUGCAAAAUCAAUCUUCAGAUCUGCAUGUCGUAAAAAUUUAUUAAUCCCAGCCUUUUUUUUAUUUUUAUUUUAAGAUGCUUCUUAAAGUUUGAAAUCGUAAGUUAUUUUUUUAGAAUAUAAUUUAUUUUCAUAUCUUUUUUUGUAUUUUUAGUGGGAUUUCGCAAUGUAAAUCUUGAAUUCCUCCUUUUAUUUAUAAAAUAAAUGCUCUUGGAUUAAUUAUCAGUCUUAAAAAUAAUUUUACUAAAAAAACUUCUUUAACAAUAAGAUUUUGUAUUCCUAUUUUGCCAGUUUUUAAGUAAUUUAAAUUUGAUCGAAAUAAUGGCGAACCCUGAAGUAAAAAAGGGACUAUAGAUAGCUUAAAAAUAUUCGUAUCUUUUAAUUUAUAUAUUCUUAUUAGGAUAAAUAAAUAUCUACAAUUGUAAUAAACAAUUACAUCAAACAAAUAUGUGAACAAAAUUAGAAAUCUUGUCUAAUAAACGCUCAAAUGACUGAAAAUAAAAUAAUUGCGAUAAAAUAACUGUUUUAUGAAUUUUGUCAAAAAAAUAAAUAUUUUGAUAUUAAAAUUAUAAUCUUCAUUCACUAAUUUCAAUACAAAUGAUACAUACCGUAAUCCGAAAUUUAAUCACUGCAGCAAUAUGCAAUUAUUUUAUCGAUAGUAUGCAAUUGUUUUAUCAAUUAAAAAAGCUAUCUUUGGUAUUAAUGAGACACAUCAAAUAUUAAAAGAAAAGGUCUCAUAAUUGUGGGGUUUAAUUGCCUUCAUUCAAGUGGGUUUUAAUUGCCUUCAUUUUUUAUUUAGUUUGCCAGCGUUGUAUCGGGAUAUAUACAUAUUUAAGCAAAACAAAGUUGAAAAGCUGUAUUUAUUUUGCAUAUUUAUCUUUCUUUAUGAAAAUGAUAUUGGCUGGUACGGAACAGAUGAUAAAAAUCGAAACAAAUAGUUGUAAGAGGGGAGGGGGGAUGAAACUAGAAAGCUUUCUUUAAACGUUGUCAUUAGAAUACACAUUGGUUGAAAAUAAUUUUCACAAUUCUUUAUUUCCUAAUUUGGCUCCUUGCCAAAUCAGUAAAGAAGUAAAACUUUGCCGGCUUUUCAGUGAAGGAAAUUUUUGUGUGCCUGAGAAAAACAAUUAAUUGAAAGCCAUGAGAUUACAUAUUUGGGUUGUUUUUAUUUUAAAUUAGAGAAAAAUAUUCAAAUAAGGAACUUAAAAAAUGCAAAGAACAAAACGGAAAUAAAAUGCUAUACAUGCUGGAUACAUUUUUUUAAAAAAUUUAAUUCUUAAAUCCUUUGAAAUGAUUUCAAAAUUCGUAACUUACAUUAGAAGUACAAUAUAGAUUUCUUCAGAACGCCACUUGUUUGUUCUUUUGAUUUUGCAUUAUUAUUAUUAGAAAUAAUACCAAAAGCAAAUGCACUGAAAAAUCAUCUGAAAAUAUGUAAAAUUUUAAAUAAAAAAUCUUUCUACAUUAAAUUUUAAAAUUUCAGCUUCGACUUGCAUUGAAUUAUCAUUACAGUUACUUGUGUGCUAAAUUUCAUGGCUGUAAGUGUUAUUGAUUGGAUAUUACAGGCAUAUACGCACAACUUCCUUUUUACAACUAAAGAUACCUUCAGUUGUGUGUUCUGAAGGGGCAAUAUGCAACCAAAUCAAGCAAACAUUGAUUCACAUCCGUCUUCUGAUUUCUCAAAUUAGAUUCAUUUUAUUAUCACGCAAUUUUGACGUCAAACUAAACAAGUCUUGAAAGCCAAGCUAUACCCAGAAAAUAAAAAAUAUAAGAUCAAUAUCUGUCACACUAAAACUUACAUAAAAUAACCGAAACUCCUCAUGUUAUAAAAUGUUUUCUUGAAAACUAUUAUUUUUAUCAUGCAUAGAUGCUUAAAUGCACGAAAAAAAUGAAGAUUCAAUUGAAAUGCAUUAAAAAAAAUGAGAAAAAAAUAAUUUCUACACUUGGUUAUUUAUAUUUUGAACUAAAAAUAUAUUUAAAAGCUAUAUGACGUUAGUUGGUGUCUUAAAAGAG